CACAACCAGCAUGCUUUUCCCCUAACUUGGUUCAGUGGCUAAUUGUGCUCUUUAGGACCUAACUGUAGUGUAUAGCACCCUAGGGACGGAGCCAUCUAUAUCAGUCGAGCUCGGAGCUUUCACCAGUCAUCUCCAUUGGCUGAGUUUUUCGAGCGACGUGAGCCGUUCGGUGGAUUUCGAUCCGCCUCUAAACCAGUCGUGUUGAUAUGUUGCACGAGGAUUCACCAUAACCAAAUCGAGCACCAGGCGUUCGGUGAAUCUCGAUCCGCCUCUAAGCAUGGCGGAUCAGUGGCAGGCAGCGGGUUACGCAUCGGGGGGAGCAUCGCAAGCGGGAGGCACGGGCGGGAGCCAGCCGGCCAGCAGCACAGGUGCCUAUGCGCCGCCACACCAGGUGCUGCCGCUGGAACCUUCCACGAAUAUUCGGGGUAGCCAUGCGCUUACUUGUUAUCUUGCAUGCUCAAGAUUCUCAGUUUUUUAUCGUUCGGCUUGAGCGUCAAGAUUUCAUGUCUAGCGUUGAGCCUCGUACGAGUCAGGCCUGGAUCACCUGCCGUUAUUCUGGGUUCUGAAAUCCCGAAAUUCUCGUAGACGUUCAAGCCACCGUUUUUCAAAAACUUAUAGAGCAACCGAGCUGCCGAGGCUUUACUUCUAUUCCAAUGUUUUGUUCCCUCUUCGCGCUUCGAAAGCUUUUUGGCUGACAUUCCUGGUCGCCGUUAUUGCCUCUGUUUUAAUACGACGCAUGAACGCGUCAGCAGGGUUGGGACGCCAGUGGAGCGUGGGGUUACCAGCAGCAGCAACACGCCCAGGAGCCUCAGCCAGGCGGGGCGGAGUUAGACUGGGCGGCCAAGGCGCGCCUUUGGGCGGAGCAGCGGGCCGCACAGGAAGCGGCGGCAGCAGCGGCGGCGGCGGCGGCGGCAGAGGCGGCGGCAGCGAGUAACGAGGCAGCAGCAAAAGAGGACAAGGAAGCGCCAAAGCAGGAUCUCGCAGCAGCGGAUGCGACAACAGAUGGAGCGCCGGCGGCAGCAGCGGCGGCGGCGGCGGGGGGUGCGCAGCGGCAGGAUGUGGGUGGGGGAGGCGGCUACGGGGGGUAUGUCGCUGCUGAUGGAACGCACGUGGGUGGUGGGUAUGGCGGUAGUGCUGGUAUGGACAUGGGCACAGGACGGGAGCAGCAGCAGCAGCAGCAGCAGCAGCAGCAACAACAAAUGCUGCAGCAGCAGCAAGAGCAGCAGUACUACCAGCAGCAGCAGCAGCAGCACCAGCAGCAGCAUUACCAGCAGUACUACUACCCGCCGGAAAUGCUUCAGCAACAUCAGCCGCAGCAGCAACAGUACAUGUACCCGCCUCAGCCGCCCCCUCACGCCCCUCCUCCCCACACUCACCCCCCCGAUCCCGCAUCGUUCUACCCCUCCCAGUACCCCCCUCCCCCCUCGCAAUACCCGCCUACUGGCCCCGCCCCCGGCGCUUACAACGGCGUGUACUCGGGGUAUGGGGAUGCUGCUGCUGCUGAAGCCGCAGCAGCAGCAGCAGCUGGCGCGGCGGCAGCAGGCGGAUUUCACCAGCAGCAGCAGCAGCAGUAUUCCCAGGAGCAGCAUUACCCGCCCCUGCCCCUGCCCCCGCCGCCACCCCCUCCCCCGCUCCUUUCCGCCCCGCCCCCUGCGCGCGCCUCAGCGCACCCAGCACCACAGUACGCCCCCCCCGCAGCAGCAGGCGCGGGAGCAGGGGCGCCAGCCUACGUGCCGCCACCCAACCAAGCUGUGGACCCCUCGGUGCUCUCUCCUGCUGUGCUUGCUGCUGCGCAAGCGGCGGCAGCGUCUGCAGGGAUGUACUUCGACCCCGCGGUUUAUGACAUGGGCGCGGGGGGUUCCGUUACUCCUGGCGCCAAACCUAAGAAGUCCCUCCCCUCGUGGCUGCUGGACGAGGUGAAGAAGAAAGCGGCCCUGGCAGCAGCAGCAGGCGGAGCAGCAGACUCCCCCAGUAAGGCGCCCUUGAAGGAGAAAUGGACCAGCGCUAGGGGCGGCACUGCUGCUGGUGGUGGACGGGGAGGGGCGGAGAGUGACGAGGAGGAGGACGAGGAGGAGGAGGCGGAGGUGCAGAGGAGGAUGGCGAUGAACAACGAGAUCAAGCGCGUGCUCACAGAAGUGCUGCUCAAGGUGACGGACGACAUGGUGCGGCGCAUUGCUAGAGAUGCGCUGAGGGACCCCCGAGAGGAGGAGGAAGAGGAGGAGGAGGAGGAGGAGGCGGUGAGGGGGGGGCGGGAAGAGGAGGAGGAGGUGGGGGGAAAGAAGGUCAGCGGGGGGAAGUGGGUUAGUGUGGAUGAGGGGGAGGGGGAGAAGGAGGAGGAGGAGAGGGGCGGUGGGGGGGAGAAAGACAAAGACAGGCACGUGGAGGGUGGCGAGGAGGUGGGGAGGGAGGAAAAGGGUACCGAGGAGACGAAGGGCAGGGGUGAAGUGAGCACACCAGGUGGAAAUUCAGGUGGGCUAGGGGUGGGGGAAGAAGGCAGGACUGUUGUCGCAGGCGGGGGGGAAACAGGGCUAGGCGAGAGGGUGGUACCUGAGCCAGGCAAGGCGAAGGGAGGGAAGAAGAAGAAGAAGAAAAGGGCAGGGGGGGCAGGGCUGCUGGGUGGAGGCCUGUUGGGGAUCGCAUAUGGUAGUGAUGAGGAUGACGAGGAUGAUGAGGAGGAGGAGGGGGAGGAUGAGGAGGAGGAGGAGGAUGAAGAGGGAGAGGACGAGGAGGAGAAAGAAGAGGGAACGGAGCAAGGAAAGGACAGAGGGACCGGUGAGGACGUAGGGGGUGAGAGUGAGGGGCACAGAGAAAAAAAGAAAAGGGAGGAGAAAGUCAAGAUUGUUGGGUUGGAGAAAAGGCAGGAGGCGGAGCAUGGGAAAGAGGAGAAGAUGGGGGGUGCCAGGGGCGAGGGGGACGAUGAGGUCGCAGGAGGUGUUAGGAAGGGUAGGGAGGGGAAGGGCGAUGUGACAGGGAAGGGAGAGCGAGAAGAAACUGGUUGGCGGAGGGAGGGGAAGGAGGAGGAAGAUGGGCAUGGGAGGGCGAGGCGAGAACAGAAGGGAGAGGAGGAUGAGAGAGGGAAGGAGAGAACGCGUGGGAGGGGUGAGGGGGAGGACUUUAAGGAGAAGAGUGAGGAGAUAGAGGGUAGGAAGAGUAAGAAGCGAGGGGAACAUGAGAGGGAGGGGGUAAAUAAAGAGACCGAUGGAAAAGCGACCAGAGAGGAGGACGCAGAUAGGCAUGAGUGCAAGGAGAAGGAUAAAGAUAAAGACAGGAGGAGUGAUCGGGGCAAGGAGAGGAGCAAAGAGCGGGAUGCGAGGAGAAGCAAGGAGAAGGAGAAAGAGACAGCGAGGGAGAAAGAGAAGGCAAGGGAGAAGGAGAGGGGUAGUGAAAAGGGUGGAGACAGAGAGAAGGAAAGCGACAGGAAGGGAAGGGAGAGGAAGAGGGAUGAUGAUGAGGAGGGGAGCAGGGAUGAGAGCAGGGAGGGGAACAGGGAGGGGAGCAGGGAGGGGAGCAGGAAGGAGCAGAAAGGUUCUCGAGAGGAGAAAGAGGAAAAGGAGGAGCGGAGGAGCAAGGAAAGGCGUGAGAGGAAAGACAAGUCCGAACGCAGGAGACGGGAGGAGAGCGGUGAUGCUGGUGAUGCGGCUGACGUCGGCGACGACAGGGGUGAAAAGCGGGAGAGGGGAGGCAAGCAUGGGAGGUCGGAGAGAGGGAAGGAGUUGGGAAGGAAGGGGAGGAGCCGCAGCGGUUCACGAUCCCCGUCGCCUUGCCCUGAGCGCUCCAACAGUGACCGAGACGAGGAGGAGGAUGAUCGUGGGAGGCGUGUCAAGGAAAAGGAGAGGGAGAAAGAGCGUGAGAGGCCAGAAAAGAGCGGCAAGAGAGACAAGGAGAGCACCAGGGGGAGGGACGAGAAGAGAGAGAAGGGAGGCAAAAGGGACAAGGAGAGCAAGAGGGACAAGGAGAAGAAAAGGGAGAAGGAGGAGGGGGGCAGGACAGAGGGGCAUGGGGAACACAGGAGGAGGAGGAGAAGCCGCAGUAAGAGCCGCAGCAGGAGCAGCAGCAGCAGCCGCAGCCCCACCCCCAAGAGACGGUGUGAUUAGUUUUUCUAUCCCCCUAGCCCCACUGAUUUGAAGUCGUGUGUUGCCCAACUUUCCACGUGCACUUCAUGGUACCUUGCAAUUUCUUGUCUCACGAUGCCCUUGUGUAGCAGCAGUGCUUGCUGGACUUGCAGUAUUGCUGCUGCGCUGCGCCCCUCCCUCGUCUCAUUGCCUUGUGUCAGCCCCUGUGGUUGGAGCAGUGUUUUUGUCUCUGCCUCCGCACAGCCCGACUCCAACGCGUCGGCUUACCUACCAACCACUUCCUCUGCGGUGGCCUGUGGUGGUGUCUCCCGGUUCCCAUCCCCUGUCCCUCCCCCCCUACCUCUCUCUAUGGUUUAAAUUCUCCCUGCAGGUAUGAUUUUCUUCCUUUCCCUACUCUUGACCUGCUUGCCACUUCUGAUCCUGUCUCUUUUAAUCUGUCAAACCCCGCUCGGAAAACAAAAUCUCUUUGUUUUUACCGCAUGCAAGUACAGUUUGCAACACUCUGACUUGUACCAUGGUAACGUUCCCCCCUCAUGCUUAAAGGACCACACCUCCCCUAUCCCCACCGCACUGAACCCAACAUCCACGCCAGGUACCGCUCUGAGAGAUAGGGUAGCAGCCCUGGCUUGGCUGGCGCUUUCCUGGGCCAACAGCGCACAACCCGACAAGGAGCAGACUCUUGGCUUCAAGGAGACUUGCUUCCCAGUGCAAGGGCAGGGACUGGCGGUUGCAGAGAGCAGCAUGGAGUGAGCGGCAGUGCCGCUGGGAGGGAGGGAGGAGGGCGCAUGAGUGUGCACAGACUGGCUAUGGAGUGAAUUUGGUUUCUGUCCUGACCCAACACAUGUUUUUUUAAUAAUGGAGUGUUGUGAAUCGCACCUUUGGCAUGUUUGUUCGGCUGCUUAGACAGCUGCAAAGCAGGCAGCACUGUGGGGUGGGGUGGAAUAAGCAUGGAGUGGGCUAUAGCCUGUACAACAGCUUGCGUAUCGUGACCCCAUGGCCAUGCUGUGGACAUGGGAGCUCCUCCUGCUCACAUGAUUCACCACAUGGGCUGC